AUGCAAAGCACAAUGGAAUCAAGGAAACGUAAAGCCACUGAUACACCUACGACAACAACGACAACGAGACGUGUAAUAAAACGACCUGCAACAACAAGUAGAACACCCACUGUAGCCACCACUCGUGCUACAGCUGUUCGUGCAGCUGCUAUUCGAUCACAAAACAAUAUCACAACAACGACGACGACUAAAAGGAAACGACCUGCUACAACAACAACGACCCAUCCACAAAGAGCUACCGCAAAUGGUGACACAAAGAGCAAAAACAAUAAUGCGGCAGGUCAACAACCCAAACCACGACCGCAUUGGGAUAUUCGAGGGCGUAUACGUGAUAUGGAAGAACGACUACAACAAGAUCAGGAAAAGAUUGCUGAAUUGGAAAAGUAUCGGGAUGGAUUGAUGUCCACUGUGGAGGAUAAGGAAUCCGAGAUCCAAGAGUAUACUCGACGGCUUGGAGAGGCUGAUGCAGAGCUCAAGACAUUAGAAAAGAAGCACAAGCAAGAGAUUGAAGAUACCCAGGCACGAUGCAAUGCGAGAAUUCAGGAACUUGAGGAUAAGCAACAACAUCGACGACGACAAAUAGCCAAUGCUGAAAUGGAUCUUGAGGAUGUGAAGCGCAAAAUGGAUGAUGCACAAAGGAAUGCAAACAAGGCAUUAGAAGAACAUCAAGCACUCAAGAAAACGAUUGAUGAAGCCACGGAUACAUACAAGCAUGUUGAAGGACAGCUAAUCAAUCUCAAACUUAAAGUCACCAAAGCGGAUUCCUUAGUUUUGGAACGUAAUCAAAGGAUUGAAAGGUUGACAAAGGAGCUUGAACAAGAGACCAAGAAAGCGGAUGAGCUUGAGUCCAAGUAUCAGGAUGAGCAGAGGUUAUUACAACAAUUAUCGGAUACGAUUGCACACUAUGAAUCCAGCGCUGAACAAGAGCGGUCCAAGAAGAAAACGUCCUCGUAA